CAUCAACCCCAACACCAGAUACAUCAACAUCAACCCCAACACCAGCACUCUGUGGGAGUAUGAUUUGUUCCUGGGAUGAAGUCUGUAGGCAGAUAAAUGGAGAUUAUGGCUGUGCCUGUGGGUACAUUACAACACGCGGCCCAAAUCCUUACGACGCCAUUGAGACAUGUUCAGGAAGUACUGGUUCACUGUCUCUUUCUCGCUGUGAGCUCUUUGAAGACGGAUAUUCUGCAGAUAAUCUCCACAUGAACGACCAAAACUGCAAAGGGGAGCUCCAAGAUAACAGGCUGGUGUUCAGCUUUGACAGUAAUUUCAACAUGUGUGGCACAACUCUGGAGAAUAACAGCACACACAUCAUCUUCAAGAACAGCGUUGGGACAACUGAUGGUAUAGGUGUAAUCAGUCGUGCCGGCGGCCUCAACAUCAACUUUUCCUGUGUGUAUCCACUCAUCCAGAGCAUCUCCAUACCCACGGCUAUUGAAGGCAAAGGAGGUGUAAUCAGCAAGUAUCUGUCUACUGAGGGCUCGUACCAGAUCACCAUGAUCCCGUAUACCGAUGAUACAUUCCAGGUUCCACUCUUUGGCAAUGUGACCCUAGAUGUGAACCAUCAGAUGUAUAUAGCUGUGCAAGUGGAUCAGUUCGACAGCACUCAAAUCGGGCUUGUGCUGGACAGCUGCUGGGCCACGCCCGUCAACCAGAUCGACUAUUACAUCCGCUGGGACCUGAUCAGUAACGAGUGUCCGAACCCCAAUGAUGGCACAGUGGCAGUGUUGCAGAACGGUGUCUCCACGACCAGCUACUUCUCCUUCAGGAUGUUCACAUUCACCGGCUUCUCCAACAAGAUCUACCUGCACUGCCAGGUCCAUCUCUGUCUGCUAGAGACAGGCAAUUGUGCACAGAUGUGCACUGGAGGUCUUUCCAGAAGACGCCGAGCUGUAGAUUUCUACGAUUCAGCUGCCAUUUCCAUGGAAUUCUGAUUUGUUUGCUUUAAACUUUCUAUCAUUUUAUUUUCAUUUUUGUUUUAUCUUUAAUCAUUAAGUAUUGCUUUGCUUUAAUCAUAAAUGCAAAUUAUAAAAAUUCAGCUUUUUUAAAUUCAUAACAUCUUGUAAGUGAUUGUACUCAUCUGUGUUGCCUUAAUCAGUCAUAAUAAAUCUUUCAAGCAUUUUA